AUGGACCAAGUUGCUGCACGAAAAACACUCCAGGAGCUCAUCAAGCGAGGAGACCUUGACAACAAGAAAUGCAUAGACUGCUCAAGUCCUAACCCUCAAUGGGCUUCGCUUAGCUUUGCAGUGUUUCUUUGUUUGCAGUGUGCAGGGGUUCACAGAGGUUUCGGAGUGCAUGUCAGCUUCGUGCGCUCCGUCUCAAUGGAUACAUGGCAGGAGGAUCAAAUCAAACGGAUGCAGCUUGGAGGCAAUGCGCCAUUCCGAGAGUUCAUGAAAUCCUAUCCUGCAGGGCAGGGUGGGUACAAGGAAGGUAUGAGCCCGUAUGACACGUAUCAUUGUUGGGCUGCCUCUCAAUAUCGAACGAAACUUGAUGCCGACUUGGCCGGCAACCCCUGGUCUCCUUCUGCGCCAACUGAAGCUUCCCGUUCCACCAGCUCGGUAAGUCCUCCAGGACGCCCUUCAUCCGCACAAGGUCUUCGGAAAUCUCGCGCGUCAACUCGCAACAGUACCAGUCGCCCCCUCCGUAAUGACUCCAUAUCUCCCGCUUCGUUCAAGGGCACCAAUUCGCCCACACCCGGCAGUCCUGCAGUCGAUCAGAAGGCGGCCAACGAAUCAUACUUCGCGACCCUUGGACAAGCAAAUUCAUCCCGUCCCGAUGAUCUACCGCCUUCGCAAGGCGGCCGUUACCAAGGCUUUGGAAAUACACCGACGCCUCCACCUGCUUCUCGCCAUCCCUCGUACGGUCUUUCUUCCGCUGCAGCGCCGUCUCUCGUGGACUUUCAGCAAAGCCCCGCUACGGCACUCAGCAAAGGCUGGUCUCUUUUCUCGGCUGCUGUCGUAGGUGCUUCGCGUGUGGUGUCGGAGAAUGUCAUCCAGCCGAGCAUCGAGAAGGUCACGGACCCGACAUUCCAGGCGGGCGUUCGGGGUUAUGUUUCAGAGGCGGGCAAGCGCGCGGCCGAUGUCAGCCGAAGUGCUAACAUGUGGAGCAAGAACGCUUUCGGGGUGGAUGUCGCGCAGCAGGUCGGUGGAGUGGUGGGAACGGUGAAGGACAAGGUCUCUGGUGGUCCUUCGAAGAAGGGCUACGGGCAGGUAGAUAUGGGCUACGACGGGGAGCCGUCCGCCCUCUACGACGGCCGUGAGGAGGAUGCUUUUGGCGAGUUCGAGGACGGUGGUCAUUAUGAUACAGGUGGAUUGGCGUCUCCGACACCAGUUAUUCCCAGUGUCAGUUCCACUAUGAAGUCUAGGGCCACGAAGAAAAAGGACGACUGGGAGGAUGAGUGGAAGGAUUUCUGA